AUCUAUAACAUCUACGAUACUUUGUAAUUGUAAGUCUUGUGUAUUGAAAAAUUGAAUGUAUGGAUAAAACUAUUAGUACCUUAUAUCUAUGUAUCACAUACUUUGGUUUUAAGUAGUACGUGUCACUACUAAUUUAAUAGAUAGUCACUAUUAAAUAAUUUCAUAAACUUUAUAAAGAUGGCAGUUGAUUCAAAAUAUGCUCAUUUAAGUGGAAUUGCUUAUGACCAACCUGAUGUCUAUGAAACUUUUGAAUUGCCAGAAGAUGACCAACAACUUGAUUAUGCAGAAGAGGACAACGAAGAUAUUGAACGUAUUAAAUUGGUUCCAACCGAAGCUUAUAAACACUUUAAAGAUAAAGUUGUCAACUCAGAUAAUAUAGACUUUUCUGAUAAAUUAGGCAGAUCAUUAAAAACAGGAUAUAAUUCAAAUCAACUUUGGGAAUUAGCUGCACAAGGAGAAAAAGAAACGCCAUUACAAAAGUAUUAUAGAUUAAAGUUGGAAACUGAAGAAUUAGUUCAAGAAAUAAGUUCUUUGCAGGAAAAUAAAAACGAUCUUGAUGAGGAAUCAUGCACUAAUAUAGGGUCUCAAGUACAAGAUGUAAUGCUGAAACUGACUACAUUAAAUAUAGAAAAGUCUUUUGAACAACAAUUAGAAAAAUUAGGAACAUCUGAAAUUAAUAAUUUACAAAAGUAUGUAGAAACUAUUACUGAAUUGUUAAAUAAACGUCCAGAAAGCAGUGAUAAACCGCAAGUUGCUACAGAAACUGUUUCUGAGGCAUUAAAUUUCCAAGCGCUAAUAAGACCUAACAGAGCACAACUUGAUCAAGUUUCUCAAAUUUCUCGAUUGGAAGAACGUUUGCGUAAAUUGGAAGCGACAAUUGGGACUGGUGCUUUAACACUUAAACGUUUAGGCGUUUGUGAGAGUGGUGGUUUGAUUGAGGCUGUUCGAUUAUUAUUAGGGCAGCUAUCUGUUCUUAAUUCAACUCAAUUAGAUGCAGUAGAUACUAGAGUCUCGAAUUUACUACCCAAACUUGAACAAACAGCUGCAAAACUAGAUUCUCAAGAUCCUGAAAAAGAUAAAAAAAUUAAUGAACUUUAUGAAAUAAUUUUAAAAGCAACUCAAGAAUCACAUUUAUUACCAGAAGUUUUACAAAGAAUGGUAGCAUUAGAAUCAUUGCAUCAAAAAGUUGGAAAAUUAGUGAUGACAAUUAGCAACCUGAGUGCUCAGCAUACAGAAAAUGCUCAAAAUAUUGAAAAAAACGAAGAGUUUCUUAAAACUAUAGAAUCUCACAUUAAUCAAAACAUGGUUAAAAUGAAUUCUAAUUUGAAAUCUUUAUGCACACGAGUGGAAGCUGUGGCAGAAAAGUUGAAGCAAUCUGAAGUUUAAUCUUAAAACUAAAUUUAGUUUAAUAUUUUCUAAAUAAAGUUUAUAUCAGAGUAUAAAUUUUAUAAAUUGAUAUAAUUAACAUUUUAUUUUUUAAAGUAUAAUUUAACAUGUACAGAUUUGUAUGCUUUUUAAAAUAGUCAAUUUGCUUAAUAAUAGACACCAUAAAAUUAUUCUUAAUACUACAAAGCCUAAAAUAAAUAAACUAUUUCAUAGCUG